CCUGCCUACAUUGCUCUACUCUCUCUUUCGCGAAACAGUCGAAGAAAAAUCUCAACGCCUAACACUAGUGCAUCAGCGUAUAAAAUCUCCCGAACAUCAAUUCACCAUCUUGGUAGCCAAAACAACUCCCAGUAGAAGCCCACCUAGCUUCCCGAUCCGCAAUCUAAUAUGCCUACACACGUCACAUCAUCCCCCUCCAAACCACCGUCUAAAGCCAUUCUCUGCUUACAUGGGACCGGCUGUUCUGCCGACAUUUUCCGCGUCCAGGUCUCGAAGCUUCGCUUCCACCUACGCAAUGACUUCCAGUUCAUUUUCGUCAAUGGUCCGCUGCCCGCCGCACCUGGACCAGGCGUACUGCCGCUGUUUUCACACCUCUCCGCGUUUUAUGGCUGGUUCGGUGCCAAGGGAGAUAGUGUUGAGCACAGCCUGGUUGACAUCACGUAUGCCGUUCGCUCGGCAGUUGAUGACUGGAAGAGCAUGCAACAGGAUCCAGAUGCAGAAAUUAUGGCUAUCAUGGGUUUCUCCGAAGGUGCACUUGCGGCUACGAUGAUGUUGUGGCAGCAGCAGCAUGGAUUGGUUCCUUGGUUACCAAAAUUGCGGUUCGCAGUGCUAAUCUGCUGCUUUUUCCCGGACGAGGCGGCGCUUUAUUUAAAGGCUGAUGCGGCUGCACGAGGCGCUUUGGAAGAGGAGAGAGCUCUUUUGAAGACGCCUACAUUACACGUGCAUGGCUCCAAGGAUUUUUGUCUGCAAAGAGCAAGGAAGUUGAUCAAGUACCAUUACGAGGCCAAAGACACUGCAACGGUGAUGUGCGAAAUGGGACAUGUAUGUCCUGUGAGGAAGGAAGAUUGUGUGAAUGUUGCAAACGGGGUAUUAAAGCUGGCGAGGGAAACUGCUGUGAUUAGAUGAGUACGGGGUCCGCCUGUACACAACAUUGAAAUUCUGCAAUGGUUUCACAACGUCACGAAUAUAACGGAAUUAUUUCCGCCACUGUACUCGCU